AUGCCGGCUUCCCUGCCAGCGUCCCCGCAGCAGCGGUGGGUGCUGCGCCCGAAGCAAGCCGCCGGGUUCCUGCGGGGAGACGGCCGGCGUCCCUGCCUGCACGCAGCAGGGCGUUACUCGUCGGCAGUACAGAAGUUCUCCCAGACUUUGCAGUCCUUUCAGUUCGACUUUAUUGGUGACACACUAACAGAUGAUGAGAUUAAUAUUGCCGAGUCCUUCAAGGAGUUCGCAGAGCUGCUCCACGAGGUAGAGCUGGAGAGGUCCAUGAUGGUACAGAACGCUAGUGAUUUGCUGAUCAAACCUUUGGAAAACUUUCGGAAGGAGCAAAUAGGGUUCACCAAGGAAAGAAAGAAGAAGUUUGAGAAGGAUGGGGAGAAGUUUUACUCUAUGCUGGAUCGCCAUUUGCAUUUGUCUUCCAAAAAGAAGGAAUCCCAAUUACAGGAGGCUGACCUUCAGGUUGACAAAGAGCGACACAAUUUCUUUGAGUCCUCCCUCGAGUAUGUUUACCAGAUCCAGGAAGUACAAGAGAGCAAGAAAUUCAGUAUCGUUGAACCGGUGCUGGCUUUUCUCCACAGCCUCUUUACUUACAACAACCUGACAGUUGAGCUCACGCAGGAUUUCCUCCCGUACAAGCAGCAGCUUCAGCUCAGCCUGCAGAAUACAAGGAAUCAUUUUUCCAGCACGCGGGAGGAGCUGGAAGACCUGAAGAAGAGGAUGAAGGAAGCCCCCCUAACCUGCAAGCUGCCCGGGCAGCCGACCAUUGAGGGCUACCUGUACACUCAGGAGAAAUGGGCCCUGGGCAUCUCCUGGGUGAAAUAUUACUGCCAGUACGAGAAAGAGGCGAAGACCUUACGGAUGACGCCCAUGGACCAGAAGCCUGGAGCUAAGCAAAGCACCUUAGACCUGACGCUGAAAUCCUGCGUGAGGAGAAAGACGGACUCCAUAGACAAAAGGUUUUGCUUCGACAUUGAAACUAAUGAAAGCUCGCUCUCCUGCAUUUUACCGCGUUCCCUCUACACGGGCAGCGUGAUGCGCAGUGCGGGAAAGCCCUCCGAGAGCUGCCUUUCCCUGGGUGGGCUCCGGGGCAGCUUGCUGGCCUGCUCAGGGCUGCGUGGCUGCGGAGACCCAAAGUGUCCAGGGGACGUGGAUCUCCAGAGCGGUGAUUGGGACAUCAAGACGAUUACCAGCUCGCUGAAGUUUUAUCUCAGGACCCUGCCCGACCCCGUCAUGACGUACAAGCUCCACAAAGAGCUGGUUCUGGCUGCCAAAUCUGAGAACCUGGACUACAGGCUGGGAGCCAUUCACGCACUGGUCUAUAAACUACCUGACAAGAACCGAGAGAUGUUAGAGCUCCUCAUACAACACCUCGUCAACGUAUGUGAGCACAGCCGAGAGAACCUGAUGUCGCCGUCCAACAUGGGGGUGAUAUUUGGACCUACCCUCAUGCGAGCACAGGAGGACACCGUGGCAGCGAUGAUGAACAUCAAGUUCCAGAACAUCGUGGUUGAGAUCCUCAUCGAGCACUUUGCGAAGAUCUACUCCGGGCCCCCCGAAGACACCACCGCCCCCCCGGUGCCUCCUCCCAGGGUGGCUGCGCGGCGGCACAAACCCAUCACCAUUUCCAAACGUCCCCUGAGGGAAAGACCCGUCUUCUUCGGUGCUUCUGUGGAAGAAAGUGGAGGCGAGUACGACGGUGUCCCUAAGCCACGAUCCCAUGGCGAUAAGCCCGUGAUAACUCGUCCCCCCGUGAGACCUCCGGACCCACCGUGCAGGACCCCUGUGCCUCCGAGGCUGGAGCAGAGGCCGGAUCUGAUAGCAGGAACCGCAGAAGAGACACAUUCCUCCGUGGUGGCCUCUAGGACAAAGUUCUUUGAGACAGCUUCCCGAAGGACAAGCAAUUCUUCAUCACCACAAGGCAGGAUCCCGGGUGAUGAGAGCUGA